AUGUCUAAUGAGUUCAAUGAAGAAGAUCUAGUAAUUGGUCCAAUUACUGGGAUGCGGUUCAGUAAUAAGGAUGUUAUGUUUGAUUUUUACAAAGAACAUGCAAGAUUAUCAGGGUUUUGCAUUGUCAAAAGAAUAUCAAACAAAAAAGGUGGUGAUAUUGUUAGGCAUGUGCAAUAUGGUUGUGAUAGGUCUAGAAAACCAAGGAAUAAGCAUGUUACCAAGAGGAGGAACUGUCGUGCUAGAAUAAAUGAAAUUUUGAAGGAGAAUGCCAAAGAUAUUGCUGGCUUAAGACCCUCAAAAAAUAUAAGAGUCGCUGAAGUACUUGCUGGUAGCCCCGAAAAUCUGGGUUGUACACCAAAGGACUGUAGAAAGUAUAUUUUGAAGAGUAGAAAGCUUCAGUUGCAAGAAGGGGACGCACAAUCAUUACUCAAGUUCUUCAGUGACAUGCGGCAAAAAGAUAGGGAAUUUUACUACUAUGUAGAUGUGGAUAGUUUUGGUCUACGUCGUAAUAUUGUAUGGGUUCAUUCACACUCUAAGGUUGCAUAUGAGGAGUUCCAUGAUGUAAUAUUCCUUGAUAACACAUACCUUGUGAAUCGAUACAAUAUGCCAUUUGCUUCAUUUGUUGGUGUCAAUCAGCAUAGGCAGUCCAUACUUUUGGGAUGUGCUCUUAUGUCUAGUGAGGAUAUAACAAGUUGCAAAAUGAUGCUCUCUACAUGGCUUAGGGCUUUAAACAAUGUUUGUCCAUUAGCUAUCAUGACUGACCAAUGUGAUACUAUUAAGGCUGCCAUCAAUGCAUUGAUUCCAAAUACGGUAUAUAGAUAUUGUAUAUGGCACAUAUUCGCAAAGUUGCCUACGAAGUUAAGCGGAGUUCUUGAUGGUAAGAUUGCAAAGGUAGAAUUUAAGGCUUUAGUCCUUGAUAGCAUUAACAUUGCUGAGUUUGAGAGAAGAUGGACUGAUUAUAUUGCAAAAUAUAACUUAGAUGGAAGGGAUUGA